UUUGACAGAAAACCUCAUAUAGUUUUCAAGAGGAAAUAGUUUUGUUUAAAAUCAAAUUUUUAUUACUAGCAAUGGCUGUUUCUUUGCCUAUGGAAGCAAAUCCUGAAACUAUGAACAAAUACCUUCAGAGGCUUGGCGUUUCUAACAAAUGGCGUAUGGUUGAUGUUAUGGGUUUAGAAGGUGAUCCUUUAAAAUGGGUGCCACGGCCAGUUCUCGCUGUUAUACUUUUAUUUCCGCUUUCUGAGCAUUAUGAAAGACAUCGCUCUCAGCAGGAGAACGAGCUACAAAUCAAACCUCAGCAACCUCCUAAGGACGUGUUCCAUUUAAAACAAGUGCUCAGUAAUGUGUGUGGGACAAUUGCUCUAGUGCACAGUAUCGCUAAUAAUAUUAAUACCAUCGAUUUAGAAGAUGGUAUUUUAAAAGAUUACUUGAAGUCCGCUUCAGGCUUGGACGCAGCAGCUAAAGGCGCUCUUUUGGAGAAUUCAACACAUAUUUUUAGGGCAUAUGAGGAAGUUUUAAACUCAGCGAAUAAUCCUGCAAAUGAAGACAGCGAACCUGUGAACAAUCAUUUUAUUACAUUUAUCCAUAAGAAUGGUAAUCUUUAUGAGUUGGAUGGUCGUAAGUCAAUACCUAUUAACCACGGCCCAACGACUCCGGAAACUCUGUUGGAUGACUCUGCCAAAAUUUGCCUGGAAUUCAUAGCUCGCGAGCCAGAUAAUAUAGGUUUUAAUGUCGUUGCCCUCGUUCCUGCUCAAUAAUAUUAUAAUUGAAUGUAGUUUUCUUAGUAUGUUAAUAAAAAAUAAACAAAGGGCGAGACAUUUGUUUUAGUGAUUCACUGCUCCGUAUUUAGCAAGGUCUCGGAUGAUGAUAAAUCGUAAUUUACUUUUCAAUGUUCACAUCUCAAUUAAUAAAACGGUGCACACUUAACACGACUUCUGCAUUCCUCCUCAAAAUUCUCUAUCUUCGGAAACUAAUUAAAAAUUCGCCUCGGCCCCGUAGCCUUGUGUUCAAUUGGGACGGUAUAACUUCAUUUAUAAACGAACAAUCUUGUCCCAGAUAAGGGCUGGCGAGAAAACAACGAAGAGCGCAACUCGCCACACGCGUGUGCGAUGCGACCAAGAAAAAGGAAAAAUUAAACAAACAACCUCAAACUUUUAAAUGGAACGCGAGCGAACAGCGUUAACUAUGGCGAUACUGAGAAGGACGCGACAUCGGUAAGUCACGUCACCUAAUAAAUGACGCUGGCUCUAAAAUAAAUAUAUAAUAUUGUAUUUGUGUAAAUAAACAAAAUAAUGCGACGGGAACCCGAAAUGCUUUAAAUAUU